CUGAGCUCCGUGUCCACGUCAAACCUGUCAGCGGAGCAGAGCUGAUAAUGGCUGCAGUUGAGCUGGCACUUUUCGGUCUCUAGACUGCCGGGGAGUAGGGGCAGAAAACUCUUAAACCUGUGACCGAAACUGACCGAGGACCACGGCGACUCCAGCAGAGACCGACGUACAAAGGCAGCAGCUGUCUUAUUGCGCUAAAAUGUCUCGCUCGUCCUCGCCAAUUCCUCCAGGCGACCGAGCAGCUGUUGUUAGCCGGGUUUAGCGCUUGCUAAACGGGACGUCUGUCAGGAGAACAGCCGCCGAGUUCCAGACCCCAAACCAGCGGAUUUAUAACAUCGUCAGCGCUAGUUUAGAGUUGGUGGUUUAGCUGAAUGUCCGCGCUGACCGGGUGGUGUCUCGGCUCAAACCGUGGCUAGCUCUCCGGCGUCCCUCGGACGGGUUUUGUUGUUGUUUGGCUCGCAGCCCCCCUGAGGAUGUCCUCCUGGCUGGGCGGACUGGGCUCUGGCCUCGGCCAGUCUCUGGGACAGGUCGGCGGGAGCCUGUCGACCUUCACCGGCCAGAUAUCAAACUUCACCAAAGACAUGCUGCUGGAAGGCGUGGAGGAGGUCGGAGAUGCUGCAACAGAAUUACACGUGUCCAACUCCAAGCUGGCGGAGGUGGAGGCUGCGUUUGCCGCUCAAAGAUCCGAGUGUGACCGGUUGAAAAAGCUUCACGCGGAGCUGGAGGAGAAGCUGGAGGCGUCAGAGAUCCAGAUUAAACGACAGUCUGAAGAAUACAGAACCCUCCUGCAGCAGAGAGAUGUGGAGAUCAGCCACCUAAAAGCCCGACAGAGCGGCCUCCAAGAGGAAGUCCAGAAGCUGCAGCUGUCAGCGCAGUCAGCCGCCGCCUCCUCCUCCUCCUCGCCCGCCGUGCUGCCGGUGACCACCGCUUCCCUGACCAGCGCCUCCUCGUCUCCUUCCGCCUUCCUGACCCGUCCCACUGGCUCUCACCACGGCUUUCACAGCGACGACAUGGACAUCAGCGAGGUUCUUUGGUCACAGCAAGAAAUCAACCGGCUGUCCACGGAAGUCACGCGUCUGGAGGCGGAGGUGGUGCACUGGAGGAGGAUAUCACAGGCAUCAACAACUGCAGGAAAUGGUAAUGGAGACCAGGGGGAGAUUCUCAAACUACAAAGGACUAUCAAGGAGUUACGGGACGAAAUGAGUCGAGAGGUGGAUGAGCAUCAGCAUGAGCUGGCAGCUGUGCAGGACGCCCAGCGACAGAAGCUGGCUGAAAUUACACGACGCCACAGGGAGGAGCUUGCAGAGUACGAGGAGAGGAUAGAAGAACUGGAGGAGCAGAUUCACAGUGGGGGCAGUCAGGUCAGCUCCCCAUCAGAGUCCCCCGAACUGCUGGAGCUCCAGAAAAACAUCCAGUCCCUGCAGGACGCAGCAGAAGAGCGCGAGAAGCAGCUGGCCGAGCUGUCCGCCAGUCUGGAGGAGGCGCGGAGGAAACAGGCCUCUCUGCAGCUGGAAAGGGACGAUGCCCAGGAGGAGAACGCGGGGCUGCUGCAGAACUACUCGCGGCUGCAGGCGUCUGUGGCAGAACUGCAGACACGCGUCCAGGAGCAGGAGGGGAAGGCUCUGCAGAAAACCCAGUUCGAGCAGGAAAUUCAAACAUUAAGACACAACUUGGCAGCUGCUGAAAAAGAAGUGCAGAGACUCAAGAACCUUUCAGAGGCAGAGCCGAAAGAAGAGGUCGAGCACGCAGACAUCUUAGAACUGAACACCAUUAUUGGGACAUUAAGGCAAGAAAAGGACGUCCUAGAACAAGAAAAGCUUGAGCUGCAACAGAGACUGAGCCAAGCAGAGGAGGAAGUGUCUAGCAGUAAGGCAUCAUUAAUGGAGUCUGAAGCUGAGAUCCUGGACGAUCUGAAGGCAGAGCUGGAGAGGAGAGAGAAGGCACUGAGAACCACUGAGGAGGAGCGGGACACCCUCAUGGCUGAGCUGGAGGAGCUGGACCGACAGAACCAGGAAGCAACGCAGCAUUUAAUCACCGCCAAGGAGCAGCUCUCCGUACAGCUGAAAGAAGCCGAGGCCGAGCUGAGCAGAACGACUGCGGAGCUCAACUCCGCCGAGGAGCAGAGGAGGGGGCUGGAGCGAGAGCUGGAGGCCCAAAAGGAGAAGAUGAGCCAAAGCGCGUUCACCCUCAACGACCUGCACAUGGGCAACCAGCAGCUGGAGCAGACGGCCAAGGAGCUGCGGGACUCGCUGGCACGGGCACACGAGCAGAGCCGGGGGCAACGGUGGGAGGCGGCCGAGCUGAAGAAGACCCUGCAGGAGCGAGAGGAGCAGUUAGCCGCUGCUAAAACGGAGGUGGAGCGAGGAGGAGAGAGACGGGCCGAGGAGGAGCUGGCGGGGAAGGAGCGGGAGCUGGCGCAGCUCAGGAGAGAAAUGGAUGAAACGAGGAGCUCCUUUGAAAAGACGGCGUCUGAGGAUUACGAGAGGAAGAUGGAGAACAGGAAGCUGAAGGAGGAGCACCAGGAGGCGUUGAGGAAGGUGGAGGAGCUCGGCCAGCAGCUGAGGGAAAACCAGGCUGCUCUCAACAGGGCGGCAAGGGAGAAGGAGACUCGCAUGGAGGCCCUGAAGCUGGAGAAGAAUCAGCUGGAAGCGGAGCUGUCUCAGGCAGAGAGGACGCUCUCGGAGCAGGCCAAGCAGUACCAGCAGACCGUAGAGGAGCUGACCCGAGCCAGGUCGCUGGACGCCUCCGCUUUACAGACCGAGCACGAGUCUGCCAUCAAGCUGAACCAGGAGAAAGAUCUGGAGAUCGGGAAACUGAGGCGAGACAUGGAGCAGCUGGCUGCGGACCACAGGGACACCAACGAGAUGCUCUCCAUCACGGUCGCCGGGCAGAAGCAGCUGACGGACCUGCUGCAGGAGAAGGACGUCUUCGUGGAAACCCUGAAGGAGAACGCUGCCGAUUUACAGAGGGAGCUGGACAGCCGCGUGUCGGCCGUGACCAAAGAGGCGGAAACCCUCCGCCAGGCGCUGGAGGAAAAGGACAGGCAGCUGGGCGGGAUGAAGGAGGAGAACAGCCACCUGAAGGAGGAGAUCGAUCGGCUGAAGGAUCAGCAGAGCAGACCCCCGCCUCUGGCCGAGCCCAAGACUCUGGACAUCAUCACGGAGCUGGAGACCGAGAUCACCCAGCUCAAGUCCUCCAAGAACGCUUUGGAAGAAGACGUGCGCUCCCUGGCGAGAAGCUCCGAGGAGCUGCAGGCUUCUCUGCAGGCCCAGCAGAGCGAGCUGGACCGGGCCCGCAUGCUCCACCAGCAGGCCGCGCUCAAUCACGACCGCCUCGUUAACGCCAAAGACGAGGAAAUAGCCCGCCUCCAGCAACACGUGGAUCUGCUCAGCGAGGGCCAGGGCCUCCCUCCAGCGUUACAGGGAGACGUCAUCCUGCAGGAGGACAAGACGCGCUCUCUCAACCAGGAGAGCGGCAACGAGAAGCACGACCUGUCCAAGGUGGAGCUGGAGGAGCUGGUCCGCGGCAUCCAGGAGAAGGAGACCGAGAUCAGCCAGCUGAACGAGAAGAACCUCUCCCUCACCAGGCAGCUGGACCAGCUGGCGGCGUCUCGCGACGAGGUGGGCAAACUCUCCCAGGUGAUCCGGCAGAAGGACCUGGAAAUCCAGGCGCUGCACGCCCGGGCGGCGACGGGCCACAGCCAGGACGUCCUGUACCUGCAGCAGCAGCUGCAGGCGCUCGCCGCCGAGAGGGAGCAGAUGUUGGCCGUCCUCAACGAGAAGACGAGGGAGAACAGCCAGCUGCGCUCUGACCACCACCGCCUGGUGGACAUGGUGGCCGCCAAGGAAGCCGCCUUGGCGAAGCUCCAGCAGGAGAACCAGCGGCUCUCCAGCCUGAGCGACCCCUCGGGGAGCCAGGAGAUGUUCAAGGAGACCAUCCAGAACCUGUCCCGCAUCAUCAGGGAGAAGGACAUAGAGAUCGACGCCCUGACCCAGAAGUGCCAGACCCUGGUGACCGUCCUGCAGUCCACGGGAGGCGAGCCCGGCGCGCCCUGCGGGGGGGGCGUCAGCAGCAACCAGUUCGAGGAGCUGCUCCAGGAGCGGGACACGCUGAAGCAGCAGGUGAAGAAGAUGGAGGAGUGGAAGCAGCAGGUGAUCACCACGGUGAAGAACAUGCAGCACGAGUCGGCGCAGCUGCACGAGGAGCUGAUGGAGCUGCAGAGCCAGGUCUCUGCCGACAGCGACUGCAGCUCCAAGCUGUCGGUGGACUACGCCCGGCUCAUCCACAGCUACGAGCAGAAGGAGAAGAGGCUGGGGGGUCUGAGCCUGGAGCUGGCGCAGGUCCAGCAGACCAUCAGUCAGCUCAGCAGCACCAAGGAUGUGCUGCUGGGUAAGCUGGACAGCGUGGCGCAGACCCCAGAGGCGGCGGCCGGCGCCCAGUUUGCCGGCCCCCCUCCAACGGCCGAGCCCCAAAGCCAGCGGAGCGCCUCCCCCGCGCACGACGGCGACCUGCAGGGAGGAGCCGAGGCGCUGCGAGCUCAGCUGGCGGAGAAGGAGAACCUGAUCAGGACCCUCCAGGAAAACAACCACCGGCUGGCCAACGCGGCGUCCGCCUCGGAGAGCGAGCAGCGGAGCCAGGCCGAGGAGGCGCGUCAGGUCCGAGAGAGGCUGGAGGCGCUGCAGCGGUCGCUGAGGGAGAAGGACCUGCUCAUAAAGACCAAGGGCGACCAGCUGGGCCAGGUGAGCGAGGCGCUGCGCAACCGCGAAAACGACAACGAGGUGCUGAAGCAGGCCGUGACCAACCUGAAGGAGCGCGCGCUCAUCCUGGAGAUGGACGCGAAGAAGCUGAAGGAGGAGAACGAGCUGGUGGCCGCGCGCUCUCGCGAGAAGGAGUCCGAGUUCAGGGCUCUGCAGGAGACGAACAUGCAAGUGUCACUGCUGCUCAGAGAAAAGGAGUUUGAGCUGAGCUCCGUGAGCGAGAAGGCGGCCACCCUGGAGCGGAUGCUGAAGGACAAAGAGCUGGGUAAAUCCGGGGAACUGAAUCAACUCCUGAACGAGCUGAAGUCCAUGCAGGAGAAGGCGGUGAUGUUCCAGCAGGAGAGAGAUCAGAUGAUGAUGGCGCUUAAGCAGAAGCAGAUGGAAACCGCUGCACUGCAGUCUGAGCUGCAGCACACGAGGGACAAAGGGCAACGUCUCAACCUGGAGCUGGAGAGGCUGCGCAAUCACCUGUUGGAGAUCGAAGAUUCGUACACGAGAGAAGCUGUCGCUGCAGAGGACCGGGAGUCUGAGCUGCGCAGGCGGGUGUCGCUGCUCGAUGAGAAACUAGCCACAUCCUCAAAUGCUGUGGAAAGUGCCAGCCAACAGGCCAGCAUGCAGGUGGAUUCUCUGCAGGAACAGCUGAGCAACGUGGUGAAGCAGAGAGACGACGCGCUGGCACAACUCCGCACCUCUCAGGAACAAGUCAGACAGUACGCAGUGUCGCUCUCCAACCUGCAGAUGGUGCUAGAGCAAUUCCAGCAAGAGGAGAAAGCCAUGUACUCGGCAGAACUCGAAAAGCACAAGAAGGAGAAGGACGAGUGGAGAAGGAAAGCUCUCCUCCUCGAAGACCAAGCAUCUGCCCUGCAGCUGAAUUUGGACGAAGCCAACGCUGCUCUGGAUUCAGCGUCUCGUCUCACAGAUCAGAUCGAUCAGAAAGAAGAGCAAAUCGAAGAGCUGAAGAAGCAAGUGGAUGUGAGGCAGGAGAUGUUGGAGGAGGCACAAAAGAAACUCAUGCAGCUUCUGAACAGCACAGAAGGAAAGAUAGACAAGGUUCUGAUGCGUAACCUGUUUCUGGGCUACUUCCACACACCUAAACCUAAACGUGCUGAUGUACUCCGGCUCAUGGGAAGUGUGUUGGGACUGAGCCGAGAACAAGUCGAUCAGAUGUUGGAGGACGAUGGACGCCACGGUGUCACCGGAUGGGUAUCGAGCUGGCUCGGAGGCAGAGGGGCUCAGAGUGUCCCCAACACGCCGCAAAGGCCCACCAGUGGGCAGGGGCUGAAUUCAUCUUUCUCUGAGAUGUUCGUCAAGUUCCUGGAGAUGGAGUCGACCCCCUCCCUUCCAGCGCCGAGGCUUCCAGUCCACGACAUCAAGCCUCUGAGCGCCCCGCCUCCCGGGAGGACCAGCGGGUCUCCUUCAGGCACCGCGGGAGCUGCGACCGGCAUGAGGCGCGCUGGUGAAUCCAAUCCCUUCCUGGCUCCUCGCUCCGCCGCGGUGCCGCUGGUGGCCGGUUCUGGCUCCGCUGGCUCCGGAGGUCACCUGCUGAUGAAGCCCAUCAGCAACGCUCUGCCCACCUUCACCCCUGUGCCCGUCUCCGCUGAGGCCAGUGGUGGAGCCGUGCUCAAAGACUUGUUAAAGCAGUGAUGAGGCCCGCUACACAUGUCUUAAUUUAUCCAACUUGAGUUCAGCACUAAAACUCUGAGAUAGUAGAGCCUCUCGGCUCCCUGUGACUGCUCGAUUUUUCUCUUUUUUUUUUUU